AGUCUCACACAAGCACUGAAGAUGGCUGUUGGUUUCAAGUACGCUUCAAUGACAAUAACAGGAGCAAUACAUUUUACUCUUGGAAUACUCUGUCUCUGUAUUUCCAUAGUUGGUUUUUCAAUAGACAUUUAUAGAAGAAGAUAUUUCAGUAGAGAUAUGGAUAAGAGUAAUUACUUGGUUAAUCAUGUAGCCAAAGUUACUGCUGCUGGAUCAUUUAUUGCAAGCCUGUAUGUUAUUGCAGUUGGAAUAGUUGGAAUUUUUACAGGACAGGUGUCAAAUUCAGAAGCAAAAACUAGAAAAAUGAUAAAAAUCUAUUUGAUUUUGACUGUUUUAUCAGCUUCACUGUUUGCAAUUGGUGGAAUAACUGCUUUUGUUAUGAUUAGUUUAUUUGCGACUGAUUCUACCAACGAUUUUAUGAGUAUUUUGUUUUUCUUUGGAGUAUUUUUAAUGGUUCUGGAAUUUAUUUUCGCUAUUAUUUCUUCAAGCAUUUGUUGCUGCUGUUCAGGAAUAAAGAAAAAUGCUGUCACAACACAAAGACAAGAAGUUUUGGUUCAAUCAACUGAGAGAAAUGUUUUGCCAGCUGUUUAUCCUCCAAAUGUUUAUCCUCUAAAUGUUUAUCCUCCAAAUGUUUAUCCUCCAAAUGUUUAUCCUCCAAAUGUUUAUCCUCGAAAUGUUUAUCCUCUAAAUGUUGCUGGAGAAGCUACUCCUUCAUCAAAUUCACAAUGAGAUGGAAUACAACUUUCAUACUUUGACUAAUUGUAAAUUGUUUAAAAAGCAUUAAAUAUAUAUAUAUAUAUAUAUAUAUAUAUAAA